AUACAUUGUUUGUUACCUUUUUUUUAAAUUUUUGCGCUUUAAUUUGUUGGCAUUACAAUUUUUUCAUUUAAACACCAACCAUGUCCUUAUCGACCAGACCUAGAAGACGAGCUGCUACUAAAGUAACAAGUAUUAUAGAAUUAUCAGAUAGCGAUGAAAAUGAGGGAGCAUCACCAGAAAAAAGACAACGUACCAUUAAGGUAAUUGCGAAAGAACCUAACAGAAAUCGCGCAGAGAAGGCUUCCUCUUCGAAAGAGAAAAAGGAACCUAAAGCUCGUAAACCUAGAGGGGAUAAAAAAUCGAAAGAAUCGUCUAAAACUGAUGAGAAUACACCACCAAAUGUUGGCGAAACUAAUGACAAAGAUGAUGAUGACGCGAACGAGGUACAGGAGAUAAGAGAUUCGCCUGCUAGAGAUAUAACUGAGGGCCAGUGCUUAGAGCCAGAAGCUGUAGAUACUAGUUGUGGUUUAAAUAAUGAAAGUAUGUAUGACGAACAACCACGUGCUAGUAGACACCAAGGCAGAAAUAGUUUUUGGGCACGCCGCAAAGUGUGGACUAUUGAUGAACUGUUGGCCGAAACUACUAACAUUGAGCCGCGUGCUGCUCGUAAUAUUGUUCAACUAUUUGAAAAUGAAAAUACUAUCCCCUUUAUUUGUCGUUAUCGUCGCGAUUUGGUCGAUCACAUUGAGCCGGAAAAGUUGCGUGAUAUUAAGAACAGUUAUACGGAAAUUGUUAAUUUACGUAAAAAAGCGGAGACGAUCGUGACACAGCUGGAAAAGGAAAAUGUUAUCGAUGAGGAAAUUCGAACGGAAAUGUUGUGUGCCAAAACCUCUGAGGAAUUGGAGUUUUUGUAUGCUCCCUAUAAACCAGCCAGUAAAGGUUCAUUAGCUGAAAGAGCUAAAGCUUUAGGAUUAGAACAAUAUGCAGAUCGUUUACUCUAUGGAGAACUGCCACAAGUUUCUACACGACAACUAGUAGAUCGUAAGAAUCCCGAUAUGGAUACAGAAGAAAAAGUUAUAACCGGUAUAUGCCACAUUAUAUCACACAAUAUAAGUAAACAUACUGGAGUUUUGGAAGAAUUAAGAAGAUUGCAAAAGGUCCAUCGUAUAGUUUUAAAAACUUCAAAAGUUAAAACACCCACUGGCAAAGAUAAAGAUUCAUCAACAGCUUCAACUUCCUCACACGGCCACGGUGGUCAUGGUAAUAAUAAAAAUGAUGCCUCAAAAUAUGAAACCUAUUAUGACUAUCAAAAUGAUGUACGCUAUAUGAAACCACAUCAAAUCUUGGCCAUAAAUCGUGCUGAAAAACUUAAAUUUCUUUCGGUUAAAAUUAUUAUAGCCGAUUAUGUGCGCAAGGAUAUAGAACGUUAUGUGCGCAGUAUAUUUAUGGAAGAGGGUGAAAAGUAUCCUUUAAGAUUUGAAGUUUUCAAUAAAGCCUUCGAGGAAUGUUAUACGAAAAAAUUGCAACCCUUAAUGACUCGUCAAAUUAGAUCAGAUUUAAAUGAAUCGGCUAAAAAGGCCUCCAUAGAUGUUUUUGCCAAAAAUCUCAAACAGCUGCUGUUAAUGUCACCCUUAAAGGGAGAACGUAUUUUGGGUAUAGAUCCCGGCUUCACGAAUGGUUGCAAAUAUGCCGCCAUCUCAGAAACAGCAGAUGUUUUGGAAACUGGGGUAUUGUAUCCUCAUAAACGUAAUACAGAUCCCGAAAAGUGGGGUGAAGAUUUGGCUAAAAUAUUAUUAAGGCACAAAAUUAAUAUCAUCGCUUUAGGCAAUGGCACAGCUUGUCGUGAAACAGAAUUUUGGCUUUCGAAACUUUUUGAAUUGGGUAUAUUAGAUUCAACUAAUGUACGCUAUAGUAUAGUAUCCGAACAGGGUGCCUCUAUAUACUCAUGUAGUGAUGUAGCUAAAAAAGAAUUUCCCAAUAUGGAUAUGAAUGAAAUAAGUGCUGUAUCCAUAGCAAGACGUUUAAAUGAUCCAUUAAGUGAAUAUGUUAAAAUCGAACCACGACACAUUGGUGUGGGCAUGUAUCAGCAUGAUAUAAAUGAAAAACAACUGACAGAAUCCCUAAAUGAAGUGGUAUCGGAAUGUGUGAGUUAUGUGGGUGUCGACAUAAAUUCGGCCAGCAUAACGGUGCUUAAACACAUUGCCGGUUUGACGGAGAAAAAAGCUGAGAAAAUUAUACAGCAUCGUUUGGAAAAUGGUUUAUUUCGUACACGUAAGGAUUUACUGCAAGUUAAGUCUAUUGGAGAAAAGACUUUUGUACAAUGUGCUGGUUUCAUACGCAUCGAUCCUCGCAGUUUGGGAGGUACUAUAGAGAAUUUGUUGGAUUGUACUUGGGUACAUCCGGAGAGUUAUGCAGUUGCUAAAAAAAUAAUUUCUAAAUGCAACUUGGACUUAAAGAAUAUCGGCUCCGAUGACUUCAUACAAAAGAUUAGCAACUAUAAAAACCUUUCUAAUAUGGAUGAAUUGGCUAAAGAAUUUAAAACUCCCAAGGAACGAUUAGAUGUCGUCUUUCUAGCCCUACAGCGUGAACUCUUCAAAGAUUAUCGCAGUGAUUUCGAUAAAAGGCCACUAUUUAAACAGGGUUUAACCAAAAUCACGGAACUAUCACAAUGUGAUGUUCUAACAGGAGCCAUUACUAAUAUCACACAUUUUGGAGCUUUCGUUGAUAUCGGAGUAGAAUGUGAUGGUCUAAUACAUAUUAGUAAUAUGGGUAAAAUUAAAUUAAAUAUUGGGGAUCGUGUUACAGUAUCCAUUGUGCAGUUAGAUGUUAAACGCAAACGUAUUGGUUUACGUUUGGAAGAAAUGCUAUUGGAAACGGAUACAUCGUUUACGUUUGCUUAAGAAGGAACGAAAUGAAAUGACCUAGUUUUAGAAACAUAUUAAAGUUAUAAAAGGUAUGUUAAUAUUUUUGCCUAAUAAUUAUUUAGUAAAUAUACAUAAUACAAAAAUGACACACACACUCCUGAAUAAAGUGUAUAUUAAGUUUAUAUGUAUAAUAAACAACACUUAUAUAAUUAAUCAAACUACAUUGCAUGGACAUUUGUCAAACAACUCAGAUAUCAGUGGAAAAAGGAUUAUAUUGCUCUUAUUUUUAACUGUUGUUAACAUAUUUUCUAUUUAUUAUAUGUUUAUCGUUUAAACUGUGUUUUCUUUUGUCUGUAUGUAUUGUUAUGCAUUGCAAAAAAGUUAAAUUCUUUAUUUCUUAAGAAAAUCUUUACAAAUCUGUCUUAAUAGAUUAAUUUAUUCAAUAAAUAUAUUUUUUAUAUUA